AUGGCCUUCCGCGUCCCAACCCAACUGCCUCGUCGCAGGACUUCCUACUCGACUCCCCAACCUCCUCCAACCCUCGAGAUCCCUUCUACCUCUGCGGAACAGCCCGACGACGAUACAGCCCAAUGGGUGCUGUUCUCCCCGACCGCUCGAACCCACACGACCUCGACAGAGCACACGCGCACUGCGGGGGGCUCACGCCUGAGCGAUUUUGGCUCCUUCGACACGGCCACACGCUCGGCACGUGGAAACGACGAGCCAGAAAAUGCCCUGGACGAACCACUCGACGAGGAUGGUACCGAACUCGACAGCCUGGACGAUGGUCUGCCGGCCUUUCGGGGCCCCCCUUCGCUGCCCCCGUCUUACCCCACCCGAUUUGACCAAGGGCCACCUGCGAUGCUUCCAGCCCACGAUGGGCUGGGCAGUUUCCAGGCAUCCAGCCAGCAGGUCCAGGACCAGCUGUGGCAGCAUGAGAUGCACAAUCCCCAACGAAGGUCACAUGACCAACUACAUCAUCGCCGUCAUUCCAGCGUGCAACGACAUCUGGACACCGUCGACGAGGGCGAGACCGAUGUCGAGCGGCAGCGAUGGCAGCGGAUUGAGCAAUGGCGCAUGGAUCAGAGCCGGGCUUUGAUGCAGGAGAUCGAACGCCAGACCCAUCGUCGGCAGAAUAGCCGGACCAGUCGGUCGAGUAUGCGUUCGCAAGGCAGUGUUUCUGAAUCACCCUCAGCAGUGGCUGCCUCUCCAGGACUUGAGGCUGAAAUUGAUGAGUCGUUCUGGCGGCGCAUUACCCGGAAAGUCAUUCGUGAUCUUAUCGGGAUUGACGAUGCUCUUCUUUCUGUCAUCUUUGGUGAAUCAUUGCCUGAGGAAGAGCAGACUCAUGGUGGUCGCACCCCGGUGCAGAGUCGGCAGGAAGCGCUGGAUAUGGAGACGGUGCUCGCUCGUGAAACGGGCCCCGAACACGAGGAUCCGCCACUGUGGCAGACGCGUGUGCUUCAACGCAUUGCUCACGAGCUGGGUGUGCUGGUACACCAGCUCUGCGAUCAUCCAGGUGCAUUUACAACAUACCUGAACAUGACGAGGGACAUCCGCGCCGAAUACGCUGGCAUGCCUCUCAAUCGCUUGGCAGAUAGCACCACCUGCCAGACGGCAAGUGAAUCCAUUCCUCCCACUUCAACCAACACCGCUGCCGGCGACUCCAUGCCCUCCCCACACUUCAUGCCCACGCUCCGUGACCCGAACCGCGAACACGCCGCCGAGUGGGGCAUUGAAGAUGACGACCCCACAACGAACGACCCACUCUCCGAGUCCACGCGCGUGCACCAGGAACAAGAGUAUUGGGAGCGUGGUCUCGAUGUCAUGAUGGUCUUCCGAUACCUUCGCAACCGCUUCAGCCGGCGUGGCUACAUGACCGACACGCAUUCAUCCUCCCAAGCCCGUCACCCUUCGUUACAAGACGCGUCCCGCCGCGCUGCUAUCAUCCGCCAACAUCAUCCACUCGUCGCUCGCGCACACACUCGGUCCCAGACGCAAACCCGUCGCACUCAUCUAUCCAGUGCCGUCGGUGUUUCAUCACCUCUACUGCGGCCACAUCUCCGCCGACCCAGUUCCAGCUGCGCCAGCCAGAGCAAGCUAUCGGCCAUCUCCAGCCGACGGACCUUGACUGGAUCCAGCCGCAAUUACUGGGACAUCGGUGGCAGUGUUGAUAGCAGCAGUGCCAUUGGUGUCGGCGCAGGCCUGGGAGCGUGGGGCGAGGCCUAG